UCAAAUUAUUCACUACGAAAUAUAACUUUGAUCUUCUUUUGGAAAUAUUAUCUUAUGAUGUUUUGAUUAUGGCAUGGACUGCCAAAUACAUUACUUUUUAUGUUAUUAUAAAAGAUAUACAAAAAAUCCGAAAAUGUGUUCGAGAUAACUGGAGUAUUUUAACAGACGAUCAAGAGGUUGAUAUAAUGCGUAAAUAUACUGACAACGGAAAACUAUUCACGAUAAUUAUAGCAACGACUACUGGUAUAGCUACUGAAUCAUUUGCAUUAAUAAAUGCAGUACACGCUUUCGGGAUGUUUAAAAUUGCUAGUUACCGUAUAAAACAUAUGCUAAGCGAAAAUGUUUUGCAAGCAAAAUGUAUAGCUCAAAAAUAUAUUAUAUUCCAUCACAGAAUAACUGCUGCAGUGGAUGUUCAUAGAAGAGCGCUUGACUUGUCAGAAUUAUUAAAAAUAACUUUUGGACGUUCCUACCUACUCGUAAUUACGAUUAUUAUAUGUUCGGGAAGCAUUAAUCUCUUACAUUUAUUUCGAGUAAUCACGAUGAAACAAGAAAUACUGGAAAUUAUAAAAGCUGUUUCAUUAAUAUUCUGCCAUUUUUUGUUUCUAAUUCUAGGCAAUUUUGCUGGACAGGAAUUUAUAAAUUAUGACAGUUAUGUCCAUCAAACGAUAUGCAAUACAGAAUGGUACAAUGCUCCAUUAAAAGCGCAAAAAUUAAUACUUUUUAUGUUACAAAAAACCACAAAAACUUACAGAGUCGAUGCCGGUGGUAUGUUUAGCCCUUGCUUGGAAGGUUUGGUCGCGACCAUGAGUUUAUUGUUUUCUUUUUUCACUGUUUUGGGCUCGAUCUAAUGAUAACGAA